AUGAGGAUACUCUCCAGCCAGAGUUUUCGGUUGAAGAAAGUGGCAUCAUGGUUCCGUGAUCCAAACCGUUCAUAUUACAUAGAAAAUGACGAUCUGCGGAAGUUCUUCAAGAAGGAUGAGGUCGACCACAUAUUCCAUCUCUUUGAAGGAGACCGAGAGACGGGAAAGAUCGAGGAGUCAGCUUUUACUGAGAUGGUGGUAGAUGUUUUUCACGAGCAAAGAGAUCUUACUCAUUCCUUGAAUGAGAGAGAGGCACUGAUGGAGCAGCUACACAAGCUAGUAAAUGCAGUCUUCAUCGUGAUUAUAAUCAUAACGUCUCUGCUAGUGACAGGAGUCACGACUACGAAUGUCAUAGUUGUCAUCACGUCCCAAUUACUACUGUUGGGAUUCAUAUUCGGGAACACUAGCAAGACCAUGUUUGAAUCUAUGGUCUUUUUAUUCACGCAGAACCCUUUCGACGUCGGUGAUCAUUGUGUCAUUGACGGCAUUGAGAUGGUGGUGGAAGAGAUGGAAGUUUUGACGACAACAUUCAUCCGUUUUGACAACGAGAGGAUUUACUACCCCAAUGUGGUGUUACUCACAAAGCCCAUCAGCAAUUUCAGCAGAAGUUCCGACAUGGGUGACAUCAUUGAAUUUUCAGUCGAUGUUUCUACUUCAUUGGAGAUCAUCUCUGAAAUGAAGGAAAAGAUUAAACAGUAA